UUCUUGCAAAAUGACUCAUGGCGUCUCUCCACUGUUACUCCUGCUACUGCUGUGUUCUUUGUACGGAUCAUCUCAUGGAUGCCUGCAGGAUCCUGCCCAAGCCUACAGAUUCACUGGAGCCGCGUGUCGUCUCACGUACCCUGCAGCUGUAGUGUUGAAUGAGAAAACGACCAAAGUGAUAGAGGCAGCAUUUCAGCAUGCCAGAUAUCCAGGUGUUAAAGCAGAGAAUACAGUGCUAUUCAUUGGCAAAGUAUCAUAUGGCCUUGAAAAUUUGGAAAUUCACAACCUGACAAUUGGUCAGAGCUCCUUUGAGCUUCGUCCGGGUGAAGGCAUCUCCAUGGAGAUAAGCAAUGUAUCCGCAGUCUUCACAGGGACCAUCCAUUAUGGAUAUGGCAGUUGGCUAGUCAAUGUUGCUCAAUCAAUUGAUUUUGAGAUUGAGUCACAGACUGACCUUGGAAUCAACCCCAAACUUUAUUGUGGUAAGGGGAAGGUAGCAGCAGACACAUCAUCUUGCUACUUGAACUUUGACAAGCUGCAUUUACACCUGCAUGGAGCGAGAGAACCAAACUGGCUCAAGAGGCUCUUCACUGACUUCAUCACGUUUACUGUCAAACUAGUCAUCAAGGGACAGAUUUGUAAGGAGAUCAACAAAGUGGCAAACAUAUUAGCCGACUUCAUACAGGAGAAAGCAGAGCAGUUCCUCAGUGACGGUGACAUCACAGUAGAUAUCGGCGUGACCGCUGCGCCCACCAUCACUGCUAACUACAUAGAAUCGUACCACAAGGGGUUCACCAACUAUAAUGACUCUUCUGCUGUCAUUAGUGAUUCAACUUUCAACCCCAAGCAGCUGACUGACAACAGGAUGCUCUACUUUUGGAUCUCAGACCGCGUCUUAAACCCUUUGAUGACAGCUGCCCACCAAGAUGGUCGCUUCCGGCUCAACAUCACUGGAGCAGAGUUGAUUGAACUUUUCAAGACAAACGUCUCGACAACCAUGCCUGAUUUUUUUAAAAAGUGCCUUGCAGAAACAAGUUAUUCCGAAUUGCACGCGUGGAGUUCGUCUGUGCCCCGCAUGAACACUUCCACCUCUGGCACAACUGUCUGGGCUGAGGCCUCUGGCCAGCUGCGGUGUGAACGUCAAGAAACGCUCUUCUUUCAAACGUUCAUCACCACUACUGUCACAGCUUCUUAUGCCAACAAACACGUCUUACUGCACAGCAAACCUUUAGAGAUUGUUGUACUACAUGCUGAUUUAUACCAAAAUCCUCUGAAAGAUCAAGCGCAACUGGAUUUCAUACAAGAAGCCGUGACGAAGAUAGGCAUCCCCAAGGUGUUGUCUGUACUUGAAAUGGAGAUAACCAGGCUGUUGGACAAACAGGGAACAUACUUAUUUGACAUCUACAACCCACAAGUGCUUUCUCAGGAUGGAUUUGUGAUAAUACAGAUGGACUUUGGUUUUCCUCAUCACCUCCUUGUUGACUUCCUCAAAAUGACACUACAGCAAACAGGCAAACUUCAGCAAUAAAGAAUCAAAUUUGACAAACGUUUGAGCACCUUUUACCUCACCCCCAU